AUGUGUGAAAAUAGUGAUUAUGAUGAGGAUCUUGCCCUUCUUGAAUCGAUAACAAGUCAUGUGCUCGAUGAUUCUCGAUUCCCAUUUCCGUUAGAGUGGCUGCCGCCGCCUAGCUCCGACGCCGCCAGUAGUGUGAUUGUAAAGGGCGAGCCUGAUAUCAGCUUUGAAAUGUGUGACAAUUUGAAUUUUCCGACGGUGGCUCUGCCAGAAAGGGCGUUGGAAGUGGAUAUUGAGCAAGUGGCACCGCCACCCAGAGGGAAGCACUACAGAGGGGUCCGGCACCGGCCGUGGGGGAAGUUUGCUGCAGAGAUAAGGGACCCUGCAAAAAACGGCGGCCGCGUGUGGCUCGGGACAUAUGAGACGGCGGAGGAUGCUGCAUUAGCCUACGACCGGGCGGCGUAUCGUAUCCGCGGCUCGCGUGCAUUGCUGAAUUUUCCUCUUAGGAUAAAUUCUGGAGAGCCGGAGCCAGCUAAGAUCACAUCAAAAAGAUCAUCGUCCUCGCCUAGUCGUUCUUUGUCUUCAGGGUCAUCGGAAAUUGGGUUGCCUAAGAAGCGGAAGAUGACGGGUGGGAGUGGUGGCGCCACCGGUGGUUCAAAGUAG